AUGAACAAGUGUGUUGCUGAUCUCAUAACACCCACGGGUGGGUGGGAUAUGGGGAAACUUCAUAGGCUCUUUGACCGUGAGACCAUUUCGGCUAUUCUCAAGGAUGGAAUUCCCCAAGGUAGUGGCAAGGAUAGCUGGUUGUGGACUUUGGAAAGUAAUGGGCGUUUCUCUUGCAAAUCAGCUUAUCUUUCCCAAGCUUUGGAGAGAGCGCCCCACUGUGAUGUUGCGCCUGCGCUUUGGAAUAAACUUUGGAAUAGUAAUAUUAUGGAGCGCCAAAAGGUUCUUUGGUGGUGCAUCCUCUCCAAUGCCCUGCCGGUUAGAGCAAUCAUCUGUAAGAGAUUUCCAAUUGAAGAUACUAAUUGUCCUUUUUGUGGAAGGGGAGAGGAAACUGUGAAACAUCUGUUUCUAACUUGUGAUGUGGCGAUGCACUUGUGGCGCUCAUCACCUUGGGGAAUUUUUCCAGUGAGUGACAACGGUAUUCGUGUUUGGGAUUGGGUGAAAUUUAUCUGGAGCCUUAAUAACAAAGGUGUUAGGGUUGAGGAUGUCUUUCUCUAUGCAUCCAUUGUUGUUGACAAUAUCUGGCGAAUGCGAAAUGAAGUGGUUCAUAACAACAGCCCUCCUCAUGUUUUAAAAUGUAUUGACAUUAUUUGUUCUUCUUUUGCAGAGCUACACACUACUCUUUUGCCUUGUCCUUCGCCGUUGAGGAGGGACAGCUGGAAUCCACCACCUCUGGAGUGGAUCAAAUUUAACUGUGAUGUUCGAGUGGGUUUAGAGAGUAUGUGUAUAGCUGCGGUUGGUAGGAACCAUCUGGGAAGGGUGAUGAGUAUUUACACAUCCCGGUUGGACUACUCUGAUGCUCUUUGUGGAGAAGCUGCGGCCUGCUGCUUGGCGGUGUCUGUUGCAAUGGAUCUUCAGCAUAAGUAUAUUAUAGUGGAGAAUGACUCGAGGCUAGUGAUCGAUGCUCUUAAUGGGAAGGCAUCCCAUUGGGCUCUAGAGAACUAUGCCUCCUUUUGUACUAAGUCUUCUCUUUCUUUUAUUUGUUGUAAUUUUUCGAACAUUAGUAGAUCUUGUAAUUUUAUGGCCCAUAAUGUGGCUUUUUGGGCUUUUAACAACAAUAUGUACGGAUCUAUUCCGAUUAACUCUGUCCCGGAGAAUAUUUUAUGUAAUGACCGAGAGGUCUAA